UUUGAAUGCUGCUGGAACAGACUGAGUGUGACAGGUUGCUGAAACGAUUUCUGGCUGAAUUGUCCUCGCACUAAGACCCAGAGGCUCUCCUCCCUGAUCCUGUGAGCCAAUGAGGAGGCAGCUUCUGGCGGCGGAAAUGCGACCUGUGUAUUGGAGGAAGUGAGUGAUCGGAGAAGGGGACAGGAUGGUGUGUGAGAAAUGUGAAAAGAAGCUGGGAAGAGUUAUUACUCCAGACACCUGGAAAGAUGGAUCAAGGAACACAAUGGAAAGUGGUGGCCGCAAGAUCAAUGAGAAUAAAGCUUUGACUUCCAAAAAGGCAAGGUUUGAUCCAUACGGAAAGAGCAAAUUUUCAGUGUGCCGUAUUUGUAAAAGUGCAGUUCAUCAGGCUGGGUCUAAUUAUUGUCAAGGCUGUGCAUACAAAAAAGGCAUCUGUGCAAUGUGUGGCAAAAAAAUCUUGGAUACUAAAAACUACAAACAGACAUCAGUGUAAUUUAAAUUUGAAACUGUGCUUGGGUAUUUUGGGCGUCAUUGAAGUAUCUAAACAACGUGCUGUUGCGCUAUUAAAAUUGCUCUUGUAUGUAAAUGAAAUAAAAUGUAUAUAAUUCUAGAACAGUAAAAGAAAAGCAGGUAAUACUUCUGAAAUAAAUGUGGUUGCUUGUCUUAUCUAUUGGUGCACAUAUUUCAGUUAUAGAAUUUACUCUGAAUUGUAAUAUUGUCAUAAAUUUUGACUGGAUAGAUGACAAAGUCUCCAAAUGAGUGGAGGCGUAAUCACCUUGGCUAUAUAUUGACAACAUGCAACAGCAGCAAAAUUUAUAAUAUUUGAUAGUUUAUCUCCUCCUUCCAUUUCUUGAUAGCUCAAAUAAAAAGAAAUCUUGUGGCAGUCAGCAUUCUUAAAUUUGAAAUGAUUGGAGAUUUUUUUUAAAAUGGAGUCACAGUGAUAGACAUCCUUUGUGAUGAAACUACCUUAAUAGAAACUUUGAGUACUGUACUUCCUGGGAAGGAUUCUAUUCAUGUUUUCCUAUAUUUGCUUUGUUUUCUUCUGGUUCAGAUGAAAAUAUUUAUCAAGAAUUUGGUAAUUUGAACUUUUUCAUUGCUGAGACUAAUUUGCUAUGCUGAGUUACAGAAUUACUCAGCAAUUUUGUAAAGUUUCCUUUUUCUUAAUGCUAUGUAACAAGCUUUUAAUGUUCCAGUUUUUGGAAGCAAUAAAGUUACUUGGAUUUUAGGA